AUGGAUAUACGUGACGAGCUUGACCAGUGGGCUGAGCAGAGACGUCAAGAUCUUAUGAAGUCGGUGUUUGGUGGAGGAGAGGAAGAGGACGACUUCGACUACGAGAUCAAGGAUGAGGAUGGUGAUGAAGACGAGGACAUGGAGGACGACAGUGAAGAAAUCGACGUGAAGAUUGAGGGCUUCGAGCAGGGCGACCGCACCGAGGACAUAGAAGAAGAUCCCCGCAACACUCAGCCGCCGACCACACAUCGUUCUCCAAUCCGCGACCCUAGAACUUCUACAGCAGCAGGUAGACCCCCCACAUUCCCCUCAUGGUUCUUAGGAUUCGAAGCUCUGUAUCACGAAGCAACCCGUUCGCAGUUUGCGGAAGGGGUGAGCGCAAGCUUUGGUGGUGCUCCAAGUGUCGAUCCCUACACCGGGUCGUUGAGUGAGAGCAGUGCAAGAUUGCUGUGCCACAGUUGCAUUGACUGGGGUGAUGAGGGCGGCACGGACAAGGAGCGCAUGCAAACAUGA